GCCGCGCCGCCCGUCUCCUCACUCGUCGCCCGCUGCCGUUGUCAUCUCCCGCUCUAUCUUUGCAGGAUGUCCGCGCUGGCGAGCGACUCCGGUACUACGGUGGCGGGCGGAGAAGUGUCAAAGAAUAAGCGGAAAGGAGGAAGAAUCGUGAAGUCUCGCUACCUGCAGUACGAUAAGAAGGAUGCCAAGAAGGAUACUUCAGCAAAUUCUGUUUCAACAUCUACUGCUAAACCAUCUUCUGCAACUAAACCAAGAUCAGUUCUUCCUCAGAAAUGUAAAACUUCUGCUGGUGUUGACUCUAGCUUAUUAAAUCAGAGUAGUUUUGGGAAGGGUGACUUGCAGUCCACUUUAUUAGAUGAAGAAAAAAUUAGUCGACCGGACCUUGAUCUUUCAGCUAUUAAUGAUAAAACUGUCCGUAGAAAGACUCCAGUUUCAAACUCUGCUUGCAAAGGAGGUACAGGGACACGUCAAAAACCCAAAAAAGCGGGAAAUGAUUCUGAUGCUGUAAUGGAAGAGCUGGAAUCUCAGACACUGCUUUUAACUUACCUAAGAAUAAAGGCAGGAAAAAAUCUUGCUGAGCUGGAGAAAAAAGCAGAAAAAAACUUGUUGAUGUUGUGUGAAGAAAAGGAGAGACAACAGGAGAAGCUCUACGAGUUGAAGCGUGAAAUUCUGCUCAAAGAGAGAGAGCAGAAACUUGAUGAUGCGUUAGACAAACAGAUGGAAGUACUUUCUCCCCUUGUUCCUGUUUGUGAACAGUUUAAAGAACAGUAUAAAAGCUUUGCAGUUUCCCUGGAUGCCACUAGACAUGAAUUACCCAUAAAGAAUAUUCACAUAGAAGGAGAUACGCUAACAUACCUUGAUGAACUGCGAAAGCAGUUAACUAUCACACAGGAGCUUCUGGCAGAAGUUAUGCCAAGCUGCUCAGAAGAAAGUGAAAAAGCAUUUAGUGCACUGAAAGAGCUUAAAGAAGUGUCCCAGAAACUGGAUAAAGAGCUUCAAAGGAGCUUCACACAAGUGCAGAACCUGUCAUUUGAAGUUAGUAAAGAAGUUUCUCUACAUAACCAAGGAGUAUGCGAACAGAAUCAUGGACUAGAUGUUGUGAAAAACUGGUACUUCAACUAAGUUUGUGUAUUGUUUCACUAAUGAGCGGAUACUAAAUCAAUGCCAGCAUACUUCUUGUAUAAACAUGUAACAACCAAAUUUUCAGUUAUACCAGAAUAUGCAACCAGCAGUAUGUAUGCUUACUAAUUUAAGAAAU